GCAAUGAUGAGUGAUGAUAUGAUAACAACUUCAACUUCAACUUCAACUUCAACAACUACGACUACAACUACAAAGAAGACACUUUCAGCCAAGGAUCAGGCAAUAUUCGAAAGAUUACCAUGGGUAGAGAAGUACAGACCAAAGGAUAUAAAUGAUUUGAUAUCACAUGAUGAUAUUAUAUCUACAAUUAACAAGUUGAUACAGAAGAAUGCAUUGCCACAUCUAUUGUUCUAUGGACCACCUGGAACGGGAAAGACAUCGACUAUACAAGCAAUUGCAAGGAAGCUCUAUGGUGACAGCUACUCAAGGAUGGUGUUGGAGCUGAAUGCAUCAGAUGAUCGUGGUAUAGAUGUUGUUAGAGAGCAGAUCAAGUCAUUCGCAAGUUCAAUGAUGUUUAGCAAUCACCCAUACAAGUUAAUCAUAUUGGAUGAGGCAGACUCAAUGACUAGUGCAGCACAGACUGCUCUGAGACGUGUGAUUGAGAAGUAUACAAGGACUACUCGUUUCUGUAUGAUUUGCAAUUAUGUUGUGAAGAUAUUGCCGGCGCUACAGUCUAGAUGCACUCGUUUCAGGUUCAACCCACUCAACAACGUGAUGAUAUUGAAGAGAAUGCAAGAGAUUGUCGGUCAGGAGGAGUUGAACAUUGAUCUGGACGCACUCAAGUCCAUCGUGGUGCUGAGUGAAGGUGACAUGAGAAAGUGUUUGAACGUGCUCCAAUCGGCAUCGAUGGCCUGCGACUCUGGCCAAGCCAUAUCCAAAGACCUAAUCUACAAGUGUACAGGUCAACCACAACCCGCCGACGUCAAGACCAUCGUUGGACAUCUCUUCAACUCUGACUACGCCACAGCAUAUCAAAGCAUUGUCACGAUCAAGACAGAGAAGGGUCUGUCACUGACGGACAUACUCAAGGAGGUACAUUCAUUGAUACAUAAGAUGGAGUUGGACAAUAAGGUUAUGAUGGACGUUGUCAAUCAGAUGUCGGACAUUGAAUACAACCUAUCAUUUGGCGCAUCCGAGAAGCUACAACUUGGCAGCCUCGUUGGCUCAUUCCAAAUUGCCAGGGAUGCCAUCGCCGAUCCA